GCUUAGGCAAAAGGGGACCGAGUGGCCGGAUGUUGGGCUGGCUGUAACGGACUGGAGAGGCAUCGCCUGGCCCGAGGAAAUUUGAGGGGCUCGUAAGCAGGGUGCCCUGACUUAAUAUCGAAAUCUCAUUGGAAUCGCGCUAUCGUGCUAUUUCGCAAAGAAGCAGUUUCGCGACUCGGUCAUCAUCAGCCGGAGCCCCGUCCCGCUCGCCUCGGUGUCGAGACGGCGGCUCGCCGUCGUGGCGGCGUCGCUCGCUGCCGGCGCCAUUGCCUCGGCUGCGAUUGGCGGAGGAGCGCGCCGGACCUGGAGUGGGACGGGGCAGGCCGGGCGGUCCCCGUCCCGACCGGGCGGAGUCAAGCGGUCGCAACGCGCGGAGUCUCGGGGUCACAAUCGCGCCGUCGCUCGUACUCUCAACAUCGGCCCCGUUCGAGGCCGUCCGAGACAGUCAGAGAAACGCGCGGCGACCCUCCGACUUCCCGAAGUGCGAUCGCGAUGCGCGAAGUGCCCGGCUCGUAGGCGACCGACCGUAGCCGUCCCAUUCCGAGAGUCCGCCUCCUCCAGGCGAAGAGUCAGAGCAGUUCUUACGGACCCGGAGCAAUAUACCGCGCACGGACAUGGUGUCGUAUUAUAGUUCGCUGAUGUAUCGUCAGCAGCCGAGCGUCGGCCAUCAGCAGCAGCAGCAGGCCGGCCUGUCGAGCCAACAGUCCUCGGCCUCUAUGUCACCGGAGCAGAGCUCACCCCAGGCCCAGCAGCUCGGCCCGCCGCCCCCGGCUCAGCAGCACGUCCCCGAGGGCCAGCAGUGUGCCUGGUACGGAUACGGGCACCAUCACCAUCAUCACCAGAGCGCGGCCCAGCAGUAUCUCGAGCACGAGGUACCCCUCUGGACGCCUCAUCCUCACGCGCAUCCCUAUCUUCAGUAUCAGCAGCAUCAUCAGGCUUAUCAACAGCAACAGCAUCAACAACAACAGCAGCAACAGCAGCAGCAGCACCCCACUCCACAACAGCAGCAACAGCAGCAACAAUUGCAAAUAACGGCUGUACAGGGCUCGUUGGAAUGGAGUGGCGACGAGGGCAACAACAACAACAGCACCAGCAACAACAAUAACAACAGCACUAGCAACAAUAAUAACAAUAAUAAUGGUGGUAUAGGGGCCGGUGAGCCCAGUCCUCCCAUCACCGUAAGUGGCAGCGAAAUCAGUAGCCCUGGAACGCCGGCCUCGCCCGUUGCCAAUAACAAUAACAUCAAUACCGCCAACAACAACAACACGGUACCAAUGAGACCUGGUCAGAACAGAAGCCCCUAUGAAUGGAUGAAGAAACCCUCGUAUCAGAAUCAGCCCAAUCCAGGUAAAACACGAACGAAGGAUAAAUACAGAGUGGUAUACACGGAGCACCAGAGGCUCGAGCUCGAGAAGGAAUUCUACUCGAGCAAGUACAUCACCAUCCGUCGGAAAGCCGAACUGGCGACGAGUCUCUCGCUUUCCGAGCGACAGGUGAAAAUCUGGUUUCAGAAUCGGCGCGCGAAGGAGCGCAAGCAGAGCAAAAAACGGGGCGAACUCGAGCAGCGCGAUGUGAAGCCGAUGCUCGACGGACACGGGGCGGUCAGCCAUCCGGGACACGGGCACCCGCCCGUCGGCGGCAUGGCCGGACUCACCCUUGGCGGCAUGAGCAUGAGCGGGAUGCUCGGAGGCCUCAUCCACAAUAACGGCUCACCACCUCUGGUUGGGCACCACCACCACCAUCACCACGCGCUCCUGGCGGCCACGGGUCACCCGCACCAUCCGCAUCACGCGCACCACCCGGCACCGCACUCGGUUCUCGGUAUCUGACCGGCCGGGCCGGUGUGCCGAUAAGGAGAAGCAGGAGGAGAGUAAAGAAGGGAAGCAGUGUCGACGUCGAGAACCACGUUACCCGUGAUAAGGAAAGCUUAUUGACGACGGAAGAGCAAGAAGAGGAGGAGGUUGAAGAGAAGCUGGCGGAGUUGCUGGU